AUGAUUUAUUAUGAGUUUGUGACCUUCUGCGAAUGUUUCAUGUAUGAAGAGUGUAAAAAGUUUUACUACUGUGAACCAGGCAAUUCCCUGAUGGAAGGGCUUAAUCCCAUUUCAAAUGAUGUGGAAUAUGCUACUUUUAUUUUUUAUGCUUAUGGAACAUAUGGUGUAAUUUCAGUUUAUGUGAAUCAUAUUGGGGUGGGUGUUGAUUGGUGGCUUGAUGAUGAAGAUAAUGAUGAUGAUGAUGAGCAUGAGUCUUGUAUUGAUGGUGAAAAUGAAUAUAACAUAUAUGAACUUAGGAAGGUUGCCUUUGAAAUUAAUGAGGAUGUAGUGCAUAUGAAUAGGACAUCAAAUGAUCCUUUCUUGAGUAAGUUAUGUGUUGAUGAUGAAGAGGAUAACUACAUUGUAGAUGAUGACAAUGGGAGAGAAGUUGAACUUAAGAUUCAAACUCAUUCCAUAUUUAAUGAGCUAUUACACUGGAAAAAACAAAAACCAAUUCUAGGGAUGAGAUUUAAGGGUCCAUGGCAAGGCAAGACUUUUGGUGAGGUGUAG